AUGGUCGUCAUAUCGGGCUCCCCUUGGGCCAAAAGACUUGUUUUUCUGGUUAUUUCUCUAAAUAUCAUCCUCUGGUGGUAUGUUUACUCUGUGCCGGGAGUUACGGAUGAUGUUCAGCCUGCGACGACGAAAUUGAAGACGAACGAUGCGAAAGCGAUACCAGUAGACAAGAAGGUGGAAGGGAAAGAUGGGAAGAGUGUUAAGGGUGUGAAGGCGGCAAAGGAUGAGAAAACUGGCGAGUUUAUUGAGAAGAAGGGAAUUAAGACCUUCCGCUCUUGGAGUAACUUUGACAUCGUCAAGCCCAAGAAUGAUCACACUUAUGUGUAUCGUCGGUUCAAGAGCUCGCCGUAUAAACCGCCACAUAUUGAAUGGAACCCCAAUGGAAAGGAACUUGCGAAGGGAUAUGUCUUCAUCACACCGCAGUCCAGCGGGGCGGAGAGGGGUCUUGUGCAGGCUGCUUCGUUCAUCAUGAAGCAGAACGCAGAGAUGAUAUACGCCCAUGACGAAGCACCCUACGAUUCUGAGGGUUUUCGUGUACAGACCGUCCACAACGAGCAGUACCUCACACUCUGGAGAGGCGCACGAAAAAUGAGCCAUGGAUUUGGAGAAGUCAUCGUCAUGAACAGCGAGUACGAAAAGACGGUUAUUCACCUCGAUGCUAUCAUCACCAACAUGUACGGUCAAAAGUUUCUCAGCGGGCUGGACUUUCACGAACAGGAAUUGACCACGAGGGGAACAAUUCUCGUCACGGCUUACAACACGACUAUGUACAACCUCACGCAAAUGGGAGGCUCAGAACAUGGCUUCGUGACUGACUCUCUAUUCUUUGAGAUCGAUAUCGAAACGCAGGAGAUUCUCUUCAGCUGGAGCGCCCUCGACCAUUUCUGGCCUGAAGACUCUAUGCUUCCACUUAUUUCAUCCUCUGGCUACGGCGGACCAAAGAAUCCAUACGACUUCUUCCACCUGAGCUCAAUACAAGCCGUCAACCAUGAUUCAUUCCUCAUUAGCAGUCGGAACUUCUGGUCUGUGUAUCUGAUCUCGCGCUCAAAUGGUAGGAUCCUUUGGGAGUUGAGAGGGAACACCAAGGGAGGAGAUUUCGGCGCGUUACCGCACCAUGGACGAUUCCGAUGGCAGAACCACGUUCGCGCGCACAAUGUCACGUCGAGGGAGAUGAUUCUUAGUAUGUUUGACAAUCAUAACAGUCCUGAGGAUAUGGGAAAGACGUAUUCGCGGGGUUUGCUACUGAAAUUGAAGCUGCCGCCUAACCCAGAGGAGAAGCCCGAGAUUUUGCGUAUUCUCUCGCCAGAUCGCGCAAAGAUCUCGCCUGAGUAUGGAAGCUACCAGCUUGGGUUGAGUAACGGAAACCAGUUCAUGAGCUGGGGCGCAGGCGGUGUCGUCCACGAAUACGGCCCUGGCGACGGCCACGAUCUCCGCUGGCAAGCCCGCUUCGGCUACGACGAGUCCAUCACCAGCUAUCGCGCCUUCAAAGACGUCUGGACGGGGACACCCUCCAAAUGGACGCCUGCGCUCGUCGUCGAAAAGCGCGAAGACACCGUGUUAGGCUUCGUGAGCUGGAACGGCGCAACCGACAUAGACUCCUACAACAUCUACCUCGCGGAACCAGGCACGGCGCUCAAACCAUUGGGUAAAGCUAAUGUUUUGGGAUUCGAGACGGGAUUCGAUCUCGGUGUUAAGGGCAACGAGACGAAUUGCAUCAUGGUUGCUGCUGUGAGGAAGGGCCAGGAGAUUAGACAGUCGAAUGUUGGGUGUAUAGAGGGUAAGACGUUUGUCUCGACGUUUGUGGAUUCGACGGGUAAGGCGACGGGGGAUUCUGUUGUUGAGAAGAAUACGAUGCAGAAGAUUAUGGGAUAUUUUUCGUGA